AUGUUGAUUGAAAACGUGUUUAUGGAGCUGAGAGCUCGAUUGAGAAGCUGCAACGUUUACAUAACGACCACAAUUGAUUUCAGCAAGAAUUGCAACUUGAAAAUUAAUAUACAGUCCAACUGUAUAACUCUUAACUAUUAUAACAACAAUAGUGAUAAGUUUAACCGCAGAGACAGUCUGUCUUCUAUAGAGAGUUUGUCGGACUGCUAUUCGGAGGAUGAUUCAGAUGACACAAUAGUCAUCCCUCUCGGAGAAUUCUGCCAUAUCAUUCCAAAUUCCAUGUCUGGUCUAAAGAUUGAGAAGAACAACAUUUCAUUCAGAAUACUCACAGAAUCCAAAAAUGGUGGCACUUUUUACACUGAGCUACUUAAAACAAACGCCGACAAACCGAAACAUGAGACUCACCACGUGACAUUUAAUGUUAAAAUUGGCGACGACGUUAAAAUUAACUGUAAGAACUGUUCAAAUACAGUGUCCAAAGAUAAAGUUCAAUUCAAAAGAGUGUUGGAACUACCCACAUCGAAUCUGGACAUGUCUGAGUGGUUUUGCUGCAACCACGGCGGCUGCUCGCAACCUAUCACUGAAGUGAAACCAGCCAAUGAAGACUUUUUGUACAGACUUACAUACUUCGUCCUAAGUCUAACUGUUCUCAGUGAAAAAUCUUUAAAAUUCAACUCAAAACGGGAGCUGUAUCACUGCAACCGUUGUUUGGCCUGGCUCGGCAUCAAAAAUAAAGAUACAGUCAAGUUAUUUAACUCCACAGUGAAAUUGGAACAAAAUGGUGAAGAAGCAGCUAUUUUGAAUCACCAAAAUUCUUUGUCCCAGAAUCCUGAUAUUAAUGACUUCAUUUACACCAUAGAAAGUCUCGCCAAAGAGUUCAACUUAGGACUCCAAUACAACUUGCUUUGCAAAAUCAUAUUAGAAUGUUCUAUUUCUACAAACAAAAAACAGUACCUUCUAAUUUGGAUUAUGGAUAAAGAGUUGCAAGUUUUACAGAAUUCCGAUUGUAUAAAUGGGACGAUGAAAUUAAAGUCUAGUUAUUUGGCAAAGAUUUUGUAUAAAACUGAGGAUAGUCUGAAUGAGGAAGUGGAGUCUUGGAUAUCUGAUCCAAGUGUAGUCUCAACUGAAGUGUCCAAACCUGUAUUUUUCAGCGGUAUUGACCAUUUGAACCAGAUGUCUAUGAAAGUUCCAGAGUCAUUUAGAAGUACCAAUGGAUUCUCUGUGAGUUAUUUAAAAGUGUAGUUAGGCCUUAAUUGUAUAAUUAAUUUUAAGUGAAAGUGGUUAAAUAAACUGUAUUUCAUUUAUAAAAUA